AGGACUACCGUGCGACAGGAUUUCCAGGUUUCUACUGCGCGUGUGCGGGCCGCAGCACUCCGCCAUCUUUUCUGUGGAGAUUCUGGAGGCUGCCGAGUUCCCCACGCUGCUCCUUAGAUCCUGGGGUUGGAUUGUGCGUCUCUGAAGCUAAUGUGUAGAGAGUUUGGGGCAGAAGAAUCCAAGGUCAAGCCACAACAGUUCUCUCCUUACUCCAUUCCAUGCCCUCUGCUCCCAGCUAAGCUGCCUGAGUGCGCUAUGCAUUUCCAAGAACAAGAAAAGAUGGAUAAAUCUCCAGAGUUGGUGUCAUUUGAGGAUGUGGCUGUGUACUUCACCUGGGAGGAGUGGCAGGACUUGAACGAUGCUCAGAGGACUUUGUACAGGGAUGUGAUGCUGGAGACCUACAACAGCUUGGUGUCAUUGGGGCACUGCAUUAGUAAACCUGAGGUGAUCCUCAAGUUGGACAAAGGAGCAGAGCCAUGGAUAACAAAAGAACAUCCAAACCAGAGCCUCCCAGAUGUCCAGAUAGUCAAUGACCUCACUGAGAGGAGCCAAGAAAGUCAUGGUAGAUACUUGUGGCAAGGUGUAAUCAUCAAUGGCAACAGAUCAACUGAGAGAGUGGAGUUAGAAAAAUCAUUUAAUUUGAGUUCAAUGCAUAUUUUAAAUCUUGUUAUAAAUAAUGGAAACUAUUCAGGAGUGGGGCAUGAAGAGUUUAACAUAUGUCUGAAAGCACUUCUUCCACAGACUGAUUCCAUGCAUGCUGAAGAGGAACCUGAUGAGCAUAAUGUAUCUGAGAAAUCACUGAGUCAUCAUGAGCAUCUUAGUCAGUAUCCUAAGAUUCCAACUGGGCAAUCUUUUGAAUAUAGUGGAAAAGGACAAUCCUCCAACACAGUGCCAAUAAUAUUUGCAUGUAAGAAAAUUCAUAUGGGUGAGACUACAUAUAAACAUAGCCAAAAUGGAAAAGCCUGUAAUAAUUCAGCUGUCAUUGCCCAACAGAUAACUCAGGUAGGGAAGAAAACUUUUCAAUGUCAUGUAUGUGGGAAAAUAUUCUGUAAAAAGGGUAAACUUACUCAACAUCAGAUUAUACACACAGGAGACAAACAUAAAAACAGUGAAUGUCAGGAAUGUGGAAAAGGUUUUAGCCAAAAUUCAAACCUGAAGACACAUCAGAGAAUUCACACAGGUGACUAUCGAUAUGAAUAUAAAGAAUGUGGGAAAGCUUUUACCCAAAAGUUGAUCUUCAGCAUGCAUCAGAGAAUUCACACAGGUGAGAAACCAUAUGAAUGUAAAGAAUGUGGAAAAGCUUUUAAUCAGAAGUCAAUCCUCAGUAUGCAUCAGAGAAUUCACACAGGUGAGAAACCAUAUAAAUGCGAAGGAUGUGGAAAAGCUUUUAAGCGAAAGUCGCACCUCAGCAUGCAUCAGAGAAUUCACACAGGUGAGAAACCAUAUGAAUGUAAAGAAUGUGGACGCACUUUUAACCAAAAGUCCACCCUCAAUAUGCAUCAGAGAAUUCACACAGGUGAGAAACCGUAUGAAUGUAAAGAAUGUGGGAAAGCAUUUAACCAAAAAUCAGCCCUCAACAGGCAUCAGAGGAUUCACAAAAGUGAGAUAACGUAUGAAUGUAAGGAAAAUUCAAAAGCUUUUAACCAGAUGUCAGCCUUCAGCACGCAUCUGAGUACUCAAACAGAGAAAACACCUUAUGAAUGUAAAGAAUGUGGAAAAGCUUUUAACAAAAAGCCAGUUCUCAGCAUGCAUGAGAGAAUUCACACAGGUGAGAAACCUUAUGAAUGUAAAGAAUGUGGAAAAACUUUUAAGCGAAAGUCGCACCUCACCAUGCAUCAGAGAAUUCACACAGGUGAGAAACCAUAUGAAUGUAAAGAAUGUGGGAAAGCUUUUAACCAAAAUUCAAUCCUCACUAUGCAUCAGAGAAUUCACACAGGUGAGAAACCAUAUGAAUGUAAGGAAUGUGGAAAAGCUUUUAACCAAAAGUCAAACCUCAGAAUGCAUCAGAGAAUCCACAUAUAUGAGAAACCAUAUGAAUGUAAAGAAUGUGGAAAAGCUUUUAAGUUAAAGUCACACCACAGCAUUCAUCAGAGAAUUCACACAGGUGAGAAACCAUAUGAAUGUAAAGAAUGUGGAAAAGCUUUUAACCAAAAGUCACACCUCAUCAUGCAUCAGAGCAUGCACACAUGUGGGAAACCAUAUGAAUGUGAAGAAUGUGGAAAAUCUUUUAAGUUGAAGUCAUAUCUCAGCAUGCAUCAGAGAUUUCACACAUGUGAGAAGCCAUAUGAAUGUAAAGAAUGUGGAAAAGCUUUUAAGUUAAAGUCACACCUCAGGGUGCACGAGAGAAUUCACUCAGGUGAGAAACCAUAUGAUUGUAAAAAAUGUGGGAAAGCUUUUAGCCGAAAGUCAGCCCUCAACAGGCAUCAGAUAAUUCACAAAAGUGACACAGCAUAUGAAUGUAAGGAAAGUUCUGAAGCAUUUAAUGAAAUGUCAGCCUUCAGCAUGCAUCAGAGAACUCACCCAGGUGAGAAGCCCUACAGACAUAAUGGAUGUGGAAAAACAUUUAACAAGUCAUCCUUCAGGAUGCAUCAGAGUACUCCGACAGGGAAAACACUUUAUGAAUGUAAAGAGUGUGGAAAAGCUUUUAACCAAAAGUCGAUUUUCAGCAUGCAUGAGAGAAUUCACACAGGUGAGAAACCAUAUGAAUGUAAAGAAUGUGGAAAAGCUUUUAAGCAAAAGUCACACCUCAGCAUGCAUGAGAGAAUUCACACAGGUGAGAAACCAUAUGAAUGUAAAGAAUGUGGAAAAGCUUUUAAGCAAAAGUCACACCUCAGCAUGCAUGAGAGAAUUCACACAGGUGAGAAACCAUAUGAAUGUAAAGAAUGUGGAAAAGCUUUUAAGCAAAAGUCACACCUCAGCAUGCAUGAGAGAAUUCACACAGGUGAGAAACCAUAUGAAUGUAACGAAUGUGGAAAAGCUUUUAAGCAAAAGUCACACCUCAGCAUGCAUCAGAGAAUUCACACAGGAGAGAAACCAUAUGAAUGUAAAGAAUGUGGAAAAGCUUUUAAGCAAAAGUCACACCUCAGCAUGCAUCAGAGAAUUCACACAGGAGAGAAACCAUAUGAAUGUAAAGAAUGUGGAAAAGCUUUUAACCAAAAGUCAAUCCUUAGCAGGCAUCAGAGAAUUCACACAGGUAGAAGCCAUGUGAAUAUAAUGAAUGUGGGGAAAAAGUUUUUUUGCAAAGUCACAGUUUAGAAGUCUUCAGGAUACUCACACAAUAAAAAACUACUUAUGAAUGUGACAUUACAAGCCUUUUAUUGGAAAUCCCCCUAACAGACAGAAUAGAAUUCACACAAAGGUAAAUCUCACUGAAUGUAAUUUGUAUGGGAUAAGAUUUUGCCAGAAGUCAUACCUCAAGACAUCAGAGAACUUAUAUCAAAAAGAAGACCUAUAAAUAUACAGUUGUCCUCAAGUGCUGAAGCUUGUCUUGAGGAUCCCCUAUUGACAUAAAAAUUUGCUGAUGCUCAAUUCCAUUCUACAAAUGGUGUAGCGUUUGUGUAUUACCAAUUCACUUCCUGCCGUGUACUUUACAUCUUGUGUAGAUUACUUAUAAUGCUGGAAAAAACAUGAAUACUAUGUAAAUAGUUGUUAUACUGUGUUGAUUUUCAGUUGUAGAAUUGUUUCAUUUAUCAUUUUUAUUUAUUUUUGAGGAUUUUUGAUAAGAUGAUGCUUGAAUCACCAGAUGUGUAACCCUCAGAUAUGGAAGUAGGAGUGUAAUGAGUGUGAAAACAUCUUUUCUCAGAAGUCUGAAGAAUGGCUAUGGUUAGUGCAUUGUUGCUUAUAACGUUGUGCUGAUAACACAAAUGAUCUCCAUACCAGCCAUGCAGCAAAAGAUAGAUAGAUAAAAAUUAAGAAGUAUUCACAUUAUAGUAGGUAUUACAGGAUUUAAAGGGGAGAAAUUCUGUAUGGAUUAGACUGACUAUAUAUUUUUAAAAUCAAACCACUCUUUUCUCCUGUAUGCAAAGCCUGCAAUCUGAGCAUUUCAUGAUUGGAUGGCUGACCAUAUCAUUUAACUCUGUUAGGGAGAACGUAGAUAUAAGUGAGGAAAAUUACUUCCAGUUCAGGCACCAAAAUAAAAAAAAAAAUUUUCAUGCAGUUGUUCCUGAUUUUUCAUGUUCUCUGGGACUGAAUGAAGAUGACUUUGGGUGGAGUUGGGGGCCACAGGUCGGAGAAAUCCACCCUAAUUUAAAAUGGAAGGAAUUAAAGAAACCAGAGAUAGUCUCACCACUAUCCCCAAACCUCCACUUAUCUAUUACAUAAGAAAUUAUUUCCUUGUUGAGCCAUUUUAUGUGUGCUCUCUUUGCAUUACAGCACAACCAGCCCACUCCAGCUAAAUGAUUUUAUAAAUGUUGAGAGAAGUUACCAAUCCUUGAAUAUGGGAAGAGAAUCCUGUGUUGUCACCUUUUAUAUGCAAAUCGGUUUAUGGGAAAAUCAAAUGUAAGGGGAGAAACUGUAAUAAAUGUGGGAUAUCUUAUUGAGACAUCUCAUUGAACAGUGAAAAUAAAGUUAAAUAUCUUUCUAAAUCUCUUUAAUGUGUCAAAGCUUUUAAGAAAACUAAACACUUUUUAUGUCCGAAUUUGAAAUGAAAAGUAUGUAUGUAAUAAAUGUAAAUUUUUAAAUGGAAAU